AUGCUAAGUGAAGAUCGUAUAUCCGCCAGUUUAGCGUCUGAGCGUGGUUCUACUAAAGGUUCAAGUAAAGAUGUAAAACCAAUUGACCGACAAUCAUCUAUUGACGAAGAAGAGAUUCCGCGAUACGAUGAAGCAAAUGAAGGAUCAACGACUGAUGACAGACUUGGCGAUAAAUCCCGCCAACAACGAGAUCAACAAUUUACAACGACAUCACAACAACGUUUCCCAAGUCGGUCAAAGACUGAUUAUAGUUUUUCGCCACCAAAUAUACGUGCCACAGGGACAAAAAAUCCUGCUAAGUCUAACGGUCGUACGAAUGCAUCGUCAGCUUCCACGGCUACGUCCCAAUCAGGAACAAGUUCAUCUACGCCAUCACCGGGAACAAAUCGAGGUAUAAAUGCAAAUAGAAAUACCGGUGGAAGGGUAGCAAAGCAACAGCAAAAUACAUACGGAAAACGGCUAACAUCACCACAAAACACGACUCAGCUACCAAUAACAAUAUCAUCCUCUAGAGGAAGAACAACACCAUAUUUAGUUGAUGAAAAUAGACCAAGGACAACAAGAGCCAUUCAAAGUAUUUUUGAGAGAGUCGAUCGCAAUGGUCAUGCGUCAUAUCUUGGCAAGGGUACUUGGCCUCAAUUUGAAAGUUGUCUGAGAGAAUGUUUGUCUCGAGACCAUCAAUAUAGUGGUAUAACGAGCCUAUUACAGAGACAUGAUAUAUCGGGGAGUGACAUAAAAAGAAAAGGUUACGUCUCGUUACUUGAUGAUUAUUCAUAUGAAAAAGUUGUUCCCUACAAUUCCCAUCGAUCUCUUUAUACACAUCAUGAUUAUCCAACCAGAUCGGCCGCUGCUCUAAACCUUGAAGAGAUUCAAGGAAUAAACAAGGCCUUGUCAAAAAGCGGCAUUUCCCUACUCCCACAUUAUCAACAUCAUUAUGAUCAUCACGGACACUAUCAUGGACAUCAUCCCGAACACCAUUAUGGACAUCAUCUCGAACACCAUCAUGGACAUCAUCCCGAACACCAUCAUGGACAUCAUCCCGAACACCAUCAUGGACAUCAUCUCGAACACCAUCAUGGACAUCAUCCCGAACACCAUCAUGGACAUCAUCUCGAACACCAUCAUGGACAUCAUUCUGGACAUCAUUAUGACGAUCAACACCAUCACAGUUCCCAUGGCCCGUGUCCAGCGUACUGUUAUGGGCCAAAUUAUGCACCUCCUCGUCAUCGCAUUAUCGGGGAAAUAGUGACUUCUUGUCGUAUAGUGAACGAAGAACCUUAUGGUAGUCAUUCACCAUCUCACACUGAUAGAGUAAAUGCUGUUCAGCAUGUUUGGAAUGCGUUACAACAUCGACAACCAUUCGGUACACAAGUAAUGGGAGCUCCUGCUCAACACCACGAUUAUGGUGCUGUUAGGAGCGUUGCAUCGCAUCUCUUUGGUGGCUCUCAUCCCUCUUCUCCAUCUCAUGCUCCAUCUCAUGCUCUACCACCACCGAUGUUUAAUGUUCAAACUCCUUUUCGAUAG